AAGAACUAAAAGCAGUCCAGAAAAAGACUCAAUCGCACAACAGCAGGUGUCUCUUCACUCUCAUGGCUGCUGCGUAUUCCCUCAUUUCCACAUUCUUCUCCAACUCUCCUUCCCCUUCCACCGCAUUUUCUCGCUCCCCAAACACAAAAUCUAUUUUCUCCCUCUCCAGACAUCGGGUGUGCCUCCAUCGGAGCCCUAAUCUCACCACCUUCGCCCUCCACAACCACCACAACCAUUCCUCCCAAGCCCCGCUCUCCUCCGCCCUUGAUUCUCUCCUCGUCCUCUGCACCUCCGUCGCUCUCUCCUUCUCUCUCUUCGUCGCCGAUGUUGACUCCGCCUCCGCAUUUGUGGUCACAGCUCCCCGAAAAUUGCAGAACGAUGAGCUCGCUACUGUUCGGCUGUUUCAGGAGAAUACGCCAUCUGUUGUCUACAUCACCAACCUCGCUGCCAGGCAGGAUGCAUUCACAUUGGAUGUGUUGGAAGUGCCGCAGGGGUCUGGUUCAGGUUUUGUGUGGGAUAAGGAUGGUCACAUUGUCACAAAUUAUCAUGUAAUUCGUGGUGCAUCUGAUCUCAGGGUUACUCUUGCUGACCAGACAACUUAUGAUGCAAGAGUCGUUGGAUUUGACCAAGACAAAGAUGUUGCUGUUUUGCGUGUUGAUGCACCAAAGGAGAAGCUGAGACCCAUACCUGUUGGUGUCUCUGCAGACUUGCUUGUUGGCCAGAAAGUCUAUGCUAUUGGGAAUCCGUUUGGACUUGAUCAUACUCUUACAACUGGUGUUAUCAGUGGGCUUCGGAGGGAAAUCAGUUCUGCUGCUACGGGCCGUCCAAUUCAGGAUGUUAUACAGACGGAUGCUGCUAUUAAUCCUGGUAAUAGUGGAGGACCACUUCUUGAUAGUUCGGGAAGCCUUAUCGGGAUAAAUACAGCUAUAUAUUCUCCCUCUGGUGCAUCUUCUGGUGUCGGAUUUUCAAUUCCAGUUGACACUGUAGGUGGCAUUGUCGACCAAUUGGUGAGAUUUGGAAAAGUCACAAGACCUAUUUUAGGAAUUAAGUUUGCGCCUGAUCAGUCUGUGGAGCAGUUGGGUGUAAGUGGGGUCCUUGUUUUAGAUGCUCCUGCAAACGGUCCUGCCGGCAAAGCGGGCCUACUACCAACCAAACGUGAUGCCUAUGGCAGGCUUAUUUUAGGUGACAUCAUAACAUCGGUGAAUGGAAAAAAGGUUUCUAAUGGAAGCGACUUGUACAGAAUUCUUGACCAGUGUAAAGUGGGUGACACGGUGACUGUGGAGGUGUUGCGCGGUGACCACAUAGAGAAAAUCCCUGUACUCCUUGAGCCAAAGCCCGACGAGUCUUAAAGACUCUUAGAUGAAAACAAAAAACAAAAUCAUGGACACGAGAAAAUGCCAAUUGCUUUUUGUGUAUUAAUUGUUUCACACCAAAUGAUGUUGUAAAUAUUCCAUCCAUGUUUUAUGCAUAUUUACUACUGAGUACAAAAAACUUAUCCUCUGAUCAUGAAUUUUGUUUGAUUCUUUCAUUGGAACCGAUCGUGUGUUAGCUUGUUUGACA